GACGAUCCGUUUCAUCGUGCGAUCCCACCGUAUUGUCUACUCUAGAUGGCUAGAAACACCAAGCUCACGGCCAUCCUCGCGUUUGGCGCUUCACUCCUCGCGCUCAGCCUCUGGGUCGUCAGGCACGAUAUAUCAGACGACCCACUCGGGACGGGCAACAGCUUCAGCUAUCUACGUGAACAGCUGGACCUCCGAUCAUGCAGUGGUUGGGACUCUGGGCGAGGUGCGGAAUACGACCCACCAGGGUGUAGCAGAGCGAAGCAGUACAGGCAGCUCGAAGCUCUGCUCGAAAAGGAGGAGGUCCUGCACCUACUCUCUGAUCAUGCAUACCGUCACAACCUAGAAUCAGUCGGGCGGCUCAAAGCGUGCCUCACCGGGAAAUUACGCUGUCCCCCUCGACCACUCAUCAUCUCCGGAUACUGGUACUUUACCGAAGCAGCAAACCCCGCGCGAUCCAGUACGACCGGCGAGGUCAUCUGGAUGAAGAGCGUGCAAGACCAACUACACGCCAACGGAUACAUUACCCUGGGUGUGAAUGCAUAUCAAGAGAUGGUGGCGUUGAGCAAAUGGCUGCCUGAUCUGAUCCAUAUGGUAUGGACUCAAGACGUCCAAGUCGUUUCAUGUCUCUCGGAUCGACGAUGCAUAACACCUGAACACUACGUGGCGCCAAUCCUCCAUGCCAACGAGACCGUCUCCGAAGAGGAGGACAUACCUGAGUCUGAGCUCGGGGCGAUUCCCAUAUGGCGCCUGUUCGCUACGGACUAUUGGGGCAGUCGACCGGGAAGACAUGAGGCUUCUGGGUAUUGGUGGGAUAUUAACGAGGACGAAGAAUGGAGCCACAAUCCACUCGGACAGGAGUGGACGGUUACGCCGUUCGACUACCCCGGUCACAGCUGGCUCCCAAUGUCCAUCGAGAAGAGCUGCAUGCAAACACCUUACGUAGACCACGACAAGCGCAACGACACCGCGCUCGUCUACGCCAAAAAGAUCGAAUACUUCUAUCACCCCCACGCGCCCGAGCUGGAUACAUGGUCAUGGCUAGCGAACACGUCAGACAAGAUCCGUCCCUUCGAUAUCAUCAGCACGGCGCAAAACUGGCAUAACCCAGGAGAAGAGGACUUCGAGCUGCCGCCCGGAUUGGAGAGUCUCGGUUCGAAAUCGCGGAGCGCUUACAAUCGGUUGCUCAGCCAAGUGAGAGCUUUGAUCGGGAUCGGCAACCCUCUUAUCAGUCCGAGCGUGUACUCGGCGUUAUGUCAGGGGGUGCCAGUGGUGAUCCCAUAUUUCCAGGAAUACCCUGAGCCACCGGGAUGGUAUCUCUUCAAUGGUCUUUAUGGUCAACAUGGUCCCGCUGCGGCGCUUGGGGAGCCGUACGUCUAUUCGUACAAGUUCGACGAUCGGGAUGAUCUGCUGGACAAGCUCAACCGAGCCAUGAGCAAUCCGAUACAGCGAUAUAUCCCGCCAGAUCUCAAGUGGGGCAACGCUGUAGCUCGAACGCGUCGAUUCUUAACGAGAGAUUGGCACGGCGAAUUCAACAGACGAGUAAAAUCGGCUGGCGGGAUCCCGAUUUUGGAUCCAAAGAUCACGAUUCGAUGCUACGAGUUAAACCGCUGCAAACAGGUCGAUCCGGGGAACCCUUUCCACCAGCAAUGGCAGGAGGCCCAAGCAUCAAGGCUUCUUGAGUGAUGUGAGAACUUGUCGUGUAGACUGAUCUGGGCCGCGCCGAUGAUCGAUUUCCCG